AUGGUUCUUGUGAACUACAAUCGUUUUUGUCUUUUGAUGUCUGUCUCACAAAGCUUCCAAGAUCGUCCUCGUUCAUUGAUGAGUGCCUUUCGUUUUGUGAACAACAGAAAUUACUCAGUCAUUCCGCCAUUUCAUUCACCACUUUGUUUUGGAGGUAAAAAAUCUUUUGACCAAAAAUUUGGACAAAACGAAGAGCUUACGAAGACGCAAACAGACGCCUCUUUCGCCUCGUUCCAAAAAAAUUAUCAGAGCAAUUUCCAGAAGACUGAAAGUCAAGACGACAUGAACUCAUCAAGAACUUGGACUGAAAAAACGACAAAAUACGUUUUGCUGAAAUAUUUUUAUUGGAAAUUCACAGAACCUUCUGUGAUGUCUUUACAUGAAAUGUACAAAACGAUCUCUGCAAGCGUUGCGUUAGAUCUUGCCGUAUCGAAAACUUCAACACAAAUACGAGAUAAAAUUAAUAAUAUAAAAAGUGGCUUUAAAAAAGACCAAAAAUCUCAAGACUCUGAUUUGAAAGAUAUCAAUUCACUUAAAUAUAUUUCACCGGCUUUGUAUGACGUCAUGAAUAAAUACUUCGACGAAACUAAAGCUCGCGGAAACUAUAAUGACGUCCUUAAAGAAAUUAACGAUGACAUUUACAGACUUACGCAUUGA